AUGAGAAGGAACUCAUCAACGGCUGCAGAGGAAGGGCAAGGAGAACGGCAGUAUAUAUCCCCGUCUGCCUCCCUCAACAUCGACGCCCAACAACCCUUGUCAAUAGCGCGCUCCCGACGCUUCGCAGGCCGCAUUGCGCCUACGACGAUGGCUCGAAGACAACCAGAGUCUCGCCAACCGAAGUCAUUCGGCGAAGGACCAGACGAUGACGACGACGCCGACUAUGGCACCACUUAUGAGGGGACUAGGAGUCAAGGGCGCAGAGGGAAAGAGGCAAAGAAGCAAAAAGGGUGA